UUACGUGGGCCAGGCUCAUUGGGAAGAUUGUUGGCUCUCAAAAUCACCGUUUGGUUUUUUAUGAAAGGGCCCCCAUAUGAUGGACUUGGAUUUAGUUACCUUGGGCCGCCCUCACUUGGGCCCAUCACGUCUUCCGGUCUUAAAUGCCAAAAAAUAUCACAUUAUUCGACUCAAGAGUAAUCCGACUAGGACCAGGACUCAGAGAAACAGAGCAGCCGCCUUCUAUAUAUUUACAGAGUUCGAAUCAAUGGCUUCAUUCGCUGCAGUCUCUACUUUCCUCCAUCAAUGGCGGCGCAGAACUGCAACUCGAAUUGGAAUUCGCCUUCCCAUUCCACAGAAGACGAAGAAGAAGAAGUAAACAAUCUUCCUUCUCUUAAUGAUACAUUCUUACUAACUAAAUAAGUAACAAUGUCACCAACCAAUUAGCCAUUCUUAAAACCCUAGUUAUAAGAACCGAACCGGAUCAACGGCCGGGUCAGUAGAAUCGUCAAACCAGUUACAAUAGCAGUCCGGUUCAUUGUUUGAACGGUUAUUGAUGGACCAAACGGUUUUUCACGGUCAACAUAAAAUCAGAUAAACCGAGUAUAAAUUUUUAGCCUCGUCGCUGUACACAUCCAUGUAGAAAAAGCUUGGAACUUUUUUGAAACCGGAUGAUGUACAUAUUGGCUAACUUACAACAACCAUUAAGCAAGGAAACCAAAUGUUGGACAUAUACGACGUCGUUAUCUUAUCCAGACGUAACACUACAACGAUAUCAUGAGCUAUUGACAUGCAUAUUCGAAAGUUUAUUAAAGCGUAGUUAUGCGCUAACUAACCUUAAUCAAUCUUGGACAAUAGGAGAGAGCAGUGCUAGCGAGCAAAGAAUUUUUUAACGAAACUAAAUAGAAAGUGUUGGGCCACAUGGUUGAGCGGUAUUGGGGUUAAGGCACAGGAGAGGAAAAACAGGCCCGACCCAGCAAAGAAAGCCAAGAGAACUCGUGAUUCUACUUAGUUAGGCGAUCGCCCUAUGACAAGACAGGAGAUAGACUGCUUGACAUAAAGCAUUAAUGGUGACAGGAGGGAAAGAUCCGGUGAGAUAUUUACCUCGGUAUAAGGAGGACUAAGCAUUAAUUACCCGCCGUGGGCAGUCUAUUACGGUAACUCAACUACUUUCUCUCUCUAUAUACAUAAACACAAUUAUCGCUUCUCUUUCUAACUAAAGCUUCAGAGAGUAUCCUGAGUAACCGCCCACAGACUAUCGUUUUGCAGAGUUCAGAAGUGCCUCUAAUCAUCAGGAACAUACGCCUCACUCGUGAUCCGCAAACUUCCUAGUACUUCGGCUCAAACAGAAAGUGAUUGUUGGUGAAAGCAAUAAAAUUAAUGAGCAUUAAUACAAUAAAAUAGUUAACUCUGUGACCAAACUUGUAAUAUGCCCAUUCUUCUCUAAACACUGGGCCUAUUCGUGCUAUCUUUGAUCAAAUACUGGCCCAAUCCAAGAACCACAAAGCCCAUCUGGAGUUUUCGGAUGAACUAAAAAAAAUAAAUGGAAGUAAUAUUUGGUGGUGUUUAUUUUAUUUUUAUAGAAAUGGUGGAAGAUUAAUCCGACCAGGAGAAGGGUUCAGUGGUUUUAAAUGUCUUCGUUGGCUUCUUCGAUUUUUACCUCCCAAGCUCGUCGGCGGCGGCGGCUACAACCAUUGUAUCUUUUCUCCUCCGGCGGUGUUAUAUUCUUCGUUCAGCCAUGGCGACCGAGAACUGCAAUUCGGAUUACGAGCCACUCAACAAGCAGCGGCGGAUCCGUUCUUCCUUAAUCAGCAAGCUCGGGGACGAUCUCCUCUUAGAAGUUCUGAUUCGCCUCCCAAACCCAAGGUACGCCUGCCGGAGCAAAUCCGUCUGCAAGUGGUGGAGGUCUCUGAUCUCCGAUCCCGGCUUCAAUCGCCGGUUUGUUUCCCACCACCAGAGCAUCAGCGAACAGCAACCACCCUUGCUCCUUCCCUCCGACGACCCACAAUCCAUCAUCGGGAGCUUUGUGCCCACGCCUCCUGGCUUGCGUUUAGUAGCUUUGGAUUCCUGCGGUGACUUGAUUCUGUGCGGCUUCCCUCUGAGGGAGGAGCACAUCACCACAAUUUGCAGAAUGUACAUCAUCUGCAAUCCUUUCACGAAGCAAUGGAUGCCCCUUCCUUUGGAGCCUCUGUGGCCAGAUGGGACUUCGGAAUUGGCUGCAAGGUUAGUCUGUGAACCCAGUAUUUCUAGCAAUCUCGAUCUAGGGGAUGGCCAGGUACAUGUUUACUCCGAGUAUCGAUUCCGGGUGGUGUGUCUUUAUAACCAUAGGAAGGCCUUAAAGCUAGACGUUUUCUGUUCCGAGUCUGGAGAAUGGACCAAGGAGGCUCUUGUUCUUGAAGGCCAUCUCAAAUUGCAUUGCAGGAAUGUAGUUUCUUGCAACGGGGAGUUGUUCUGGAGUUAUCUCGAGACACAAGAGGUAGAAGCUGGCCGGUUUAAUCCGAGGCUCGCUGUGUUGAAUCCUUUCCGACUGGAUAUGCCUCCCGCGUAUGAUGCUUCCCCUCUCCACGAUGACGCGAAUCCAUGGUGGGAUAUUUCCGUCUCGCAAGGUGCUUUGCACGCAUUUGUAUUCGAAGAGAAACCUACACCUGGUUGUUCGAGGAUUGCCUCCAAGGUUUGGAGAAUGGAACGAGGCGGGCAGUCUUGGAGGAAAGUAUGUGAAGGAGUUUUGAAGUCAUCAAACUGCAAUCAUCCACUUGUUUGGACACGGGGAGAAGACGAUGAAGAUUGGAUGAAACAAUGUGAAGGGAUGCUGAAGACAUCAGGGGCUAACCACAACCUUGAUGUUAAGGAUGCUCCCUUCCUAGCUGCCUUGGAAAACACAGGGUUGUUCAGGACAUCAAGUGACGGUGCUAUCUUGUCCUGCAAUUUGAGGAGGGGAGACCUGGAGUUGUAUUCAAAACUAAGAGUAUAUGCACCUCGUUGGGCUUGCUUCCACUCUAGAGUCUCUUGUUGGCCUACUCCAAUGCCAAGGUACGAGGAAUUUUCCUAGUUAUGUGCGAUGAAAGAUACAGCUGCUGAGCCCGGAGCUGCGAACUGAGAGCUGGGAACCAUCAACUCCCGCAGUAAUUGGACCAAUGACUCCGUCAAUGACUGGUUUUUACCUCUGCUUGUGCAACUUACUCUUUCUUGUCUGCACUAAUGAAGAUGGGUAGGAAUGCACCAGUAACGAAGAUGAGAGUCAGAAGAACCCACUUGAACAUAUUGAAA